AUGGCACAAAGUGACACUCUGCAGCAACCGUUAAUCAAAACCGAAUACGAACCGAUUAGUUCGACAAAGAAACUCAAUCUAUUACUGAAACGCUCAGUUCGAUAUUCAUAUCGUCAGCGAUGUUGCAAUUGUCUUCCAACAAUUCUAUGCGAACUUAUAUUUCCACUGAUUAUUAUCAUCAUAUUGUUCUUACUGCGCUACGGAGUUAAUAAAUUAAAUGAUGCAACAACAAGUAGCGAGGGAGGCUUGCCAGGAACGAGAAAUCGUUAUCCGUGUUCGCAAAAUCUAACAAUGCCACCGAUUUCAUCCAAGGAUCUUUUUCUGAAUUGUUUUAAAUUUCCACCAGGUUAUGGAGGUCGAAGUUGGGAUUCGGGUCAUAUAUCAGUUAUAUCAAAUGAGACAAGUAUUGUGUUCGAACCAGAUAGGUCCGAUAUUCAAGAAUUCGUCCAACAUGCUCGAACGAGACUUGCCAGUAUGGAUUGUGGACAGCGAACGACAGUUUGGAGUAAAAGUCGAGAUGAUACUGAAGACAAUCUACUGUUACAAAACACAACAGUAAAUACAGUGAUCAUCGAUUUGACUGCAACGUCGGAUUUGAAGAAAGAUCGAAAAAUUACUUAUAAUAUUAUCGUUCGAACACCAAAUACUAUUUUACAGAACAUGCCUAUCGAUACAUCAUUUUUAGCCUUUAAAAAUCCAGGCUACAUUUCUGAUCGAUCAAAUACAACGGAUUUCGAAGGUAAACAUGGAUCUGAGUUACCGCACUUUACCGAUGUGAAGAUUUUCGUUGAUUCGCUAUUGAUGGAGUAUCAAACCAGUCGGCCGAUUCAAUAUGAGCUAGAACGUAAUCUGAUGACAUGCACACCAUUUCGCACGGAUUUUCUCUAUACUUCGGAGGCAAGUUUUCUCGGCACAAUGUUAUCUUUACUUGAUGGAAUUUUUCUUAUCCCGUAUUUAAUUCUUCUCACCAGUUUAAUCCGGGAAAAAAAUGCUAAGGUAAAAGAAAUCCUUAAGGUUCUUGGGAUCGAACCUAUUCUCAAUAACAUCGCACAAGCAAUUCGAACCAUGAUUAUCCUCGUUGUUUUUGUUGUGAUCAUAUGCAUUGCAUGCAAAACAAAAUUUAACGGUGAAGCGUAUCUUAAUACAGUCAAUUUUGGUACACUCUUCUUUGGUUUUUUCAUCUACGGUUUCCAAUUAAUUGCUUUUUGUAUUAUGAACUCACAAAUGUUUAGUUCAAACAUUCGUGCUGUCGUCUUUACACUUCUGCUUUGUUUUGUUGCCAAUUACGUUUAUACUUGGAUAUUAGCAUGGCCCGCUGGAAUACAAUAUCUUCUGAUAUUACUAUGCCCAUUCUUUGGUAUGCGCUCGCUCUUUCAGCAAGCAGUAUUGUAUGAUUUAGCUAGAAAAGAUGUAGCAAUAUUUCAAACGAUUUAUCGUCAUGUACCGGUGUAUUUUUCAACACUGGUAGUAAUGAUCGUAAGUUCAUUGCUCUAUUGGGCAUUGUCGUGGUAUUUUGAAAAAGUCUUUCCUGGUGAAUAUGGUAUUCCACAAGAAUGGAAUUUUCUAUUCAAACGAGAAUAUUGGCGUAGACCACCGAUGAAAAAUCAGAUUUAUUCUUAUGAUAAUCGUGCAGCAACAUUAUCCACACAAAAUCUAUCAUUGGCACGAAGUAAUUCAAUUGGUACACCCGUUGUUCAUGUUGAUCAUCUCGUGAAGAAAUUUGGACCUGACAAAAUCGCUGUCAAUGAUGUUUCAUUUGAUCUCUAUGAAAAUCAAAUCACUUCAUUACUCGGACCCAACGGUUCAGGAAAAACUACUAUCUUCAAUUGUCUCAUCGGAAUCUAUAAACAAACAUCAGGCACAAUUUCCAUGGCCAAUCCCAAUGGAUCCGACUACGAUACCACAUCCAACAUUGAUAUGCUGAGAAAAUCAAUCGGAUAUUGUCCACAACAUGACAUUCUCUUCGAUCUAUUGACCAUCGAAGAACAAUUACAAUUCUAUGCAUCGGCUAGAGGAUUCGGCAAAUACAAACAACAAAUAUCUGACGAAAUGCUUCGACUGGUUAAUCUUGAGAAUUCUAAAGAUAUGUUUUGCAAUGCAUUGUCAGGUGGAAUGAAAAGACGUCUCUCAUUAGCAUGUGCUUUCGUUGGCGAUACAAGAAUUAUCUUACUUGAUGAACCAUCAAGUGGACUUGAUCCAACAAAUCGUCGUUUAUUAUGGGAUUGGUUACGCACAAUGAAGGAAGGAAAAACUCUGUUAUUGACAACACAUUUCAUGGAAGAAAGUGAUGCACUCUCCGAUCGAAUCAUGAUCAUUACAAAUGGAAUCAUCAAAGCAGAUGGAACAUCAGCAAAACUCAAGGAACAAUAUGGCUCAGGUUAUAAGUUAGUUGUCAAUCGACAAUCCAAUCAGAAUGCAAAUGUAAUUGCUGAUGAAUUACAUACUUAUUUACCUAAAAUGGCAGCUGAAAGUGAUAUACCUGGUGGUGAUAUUGUCUUCCGUACAAAUCAACAGCCAGACGAUCGAUUUGUUCAAGCAUUACGACAACUCGAUGUGAUGAAAUCGAAAAAUAUGAUCAAAAGUUAUGGUGUUCAGAAUAGUACCAUGGAUGACGUAUUUCUGAAAAUCACCAAUGAUACCAAAGACGAAAGCGACUCUGAAACAACCACGGUCACCAUGGAACGUAUAGAUGAACAAUGCCGUCAAGUUUUUGAGAAUCAAUAUUUUCUUACCGGAUGGCAAUACUAUUUAAGUCAACUGUAUGGCUUACUGAUGAAAACAUUGGUGAUUCGAUAUCGCCGAUGGGGAUUGACUCUUAUUGUUUUGUUAUUACCAAUCAUAUACAAUCUACUAUCGAAUAUUAUUGCACCAACACAGGGCAGUGGCGAUACUUUUAAAAUGCAAGCAACUUUACUCAAUCCUCAAACAAUUCUAUACACAUCAAAUCCUGUUUUUGAAGAUUACUUCCAAGAAGCUGUCGGAGCCAAAUCAAGUGAUUUGAAAUUUGAGAAAAGAACAGAGAAUAUCACUGAACUAAAUCGAUAUAUUUGGCAAAAACGAAUGGAUCAUCCUUAUACGUAUACAGACAUUUAUCUCGCUUUUCAAAUUCCUCCUCCACAAGGUGACACUUACAAAAUACAGACCUUAUCGUCGAAUUUGAUCACUGGCUAUGAAGUCAUUUCAGUUGCAUCGAAUUUAUUCUAUAAAUAUGCAUUAGGUGAUACAAGUGCAUCAAUUCAAUCAACGCUUAUUUAUAGGAGAACCGGAAAUUUCACAGUUGAACCAUCUGUUAGCGGUGCUAUUGCUGUCUUGAAUAUUGUUUCGUGUUUUAUCAAAAUUUUACCAUUCGGAUUAAUAUUAGAUGUAUUCGUGUACUAUGCAAUAUUCUUAUACACAGCCGUAUUUUUAACUAGCGAACGCAGUGAUAACUUUUUGUCUUUACAAAACAUUAGUGGUCUACAUCCAGCAUUAUAUUGGCUUUUCAACUACAUAUUCGAUGUGAUUAGUUCUGUUAUUUGGUUCUGCUACUUACUUGCUAUGUAUUGCUUAUUUGAUGUUGCUUUUAACGGUGUACCUAAAACACAAUCAGCAGCAGCAGCUAUGCUCACGAUCGAAUUUGCUAGCGCAUGGGAUUUAAGAGUACAAUUCUAUCCAUUGAGUAUACUCAUUACUAUGGCAGCUUUGCCAUUUACAUAUCUGGUGACAAAACUCAUUCGAAGUGACAUUCUCUGUGGAUUAACUGUAAUGAUCGUGUUGGUCUUAAUUCAUUUGAUUAGUACUAUCUUACUGAUGAUACUAGCAUUACUCAAGGUACAAAGCGCUCUAAAUAUAUCUUAUUGGGUGCUGAAUCUACUUUCACCAACAGUGAAUGCACAAGCAAUAGUGACAUACAUUUUAGCAGGCAAAAGUCGAUUUUGUCAACUAAUGGCUGGUCAAAUCACUAUUUUCUCGCGUACUGGGGAUGAUACGAUGGCUGUAAAUUGGAUCAUUCUUAUCGCACACAUAAUUGUGCCGUUAUUGCUCUUAACCGCAAUAGAUUGUGGCUAUGUUAAUAUAUCGUUUAAGUCACUUCUUUAUAAAGCUCCAGCGCAGUUCGAUGAAAAUACACUUGAUAGUGAUGUUCUAGCUGAACGUCGACGCAUUUUGAAUUUAGACCAAUUGGCAUUAACACAACGUCAUGUAAACGCAGAGGCUGCGGUAACAGAACAACAAGAAACUGAUCAUAUGGUUGUUCAUGACUUAGUUAAGCAUUUCCCAGGACGAAAUGUUCUCGCUGUCAAUCAUCUGACAUUCGGUGCGAAACGUGGCGAAGCUUUUGGUCUACUCGGUUACAAUGGUGCAGGCAAAACAACAACAUUUCGUAUUCUUGUUGGUGAUGAAACAGCAACACAAGGAACUGCUUACAUCGAUGGACAAAAUGUCAAACGUCGUCUUAGAUCGCUACGCCAUCUCGGUUAUUGUCCACAGCAAGAUUGUCGAAUGGAAUUCUUAACUGUUCAAGAUGCUCUGUAUCUUCUAGCACGAAUACGUGCUGUACCUUUCUCACGAGUUCGCUCUAUGGUACAAACUAUCAGUUCAUUGUUUUUACUUGAUCCAUUUCUUCACAAUUACAUCCAUCAACUCAGUGGAGGAACGAAACGACGAUUACAUGCUGCACUUGCAUUGAUUGGACCACCAUUAGUCACAAUUCUCGACGAACCAACGACAGGUGUUGAUCCAAAUGCUCGACAACGAAUGCAAGAAAUCUUUUUAAAUGCUGUCAAAGCGAAACUAACAAUCAUUUUGACAAGUCACUCCAUGGAUGAAUGUGAACGUGUCUGUAAUCGUCUUGGUAUCAUGUACUAUGGUCAGUUGGCAUGUUUGGGCACAAUUCAACAUUUGAAAUCCAAGUUUGGUCAUGGUUACUCAAUAUCAAUCAAAGUGAAAUUUCAUUCAGGUGAUGUUCAAGGCCAAGCAAUUGAUAACGUACAAGCAUUUUUACUAUCAAAAUCAGAAUUCGGUUUUCAAAUGUCCGAGAAAACACAUUCAACAGCUACAUUUCAAGCAAGAAAUGGUACACCAGCUGAUCUUUUUCAACUACUUGAAGAAAAUAAAGAACUAUUAAAAAUUGAAACUUAUACCAUAACACAAACAACACUUGAGCAAAUCUUUUUAUCAUUUGGUAAACAGAUAGACGCGGUUUAA